GGUGGAGCAGCAUGUCAGUGGUGUCAGUGUGACGCAGCAUAGAGACAAGGGGGGACUGUUGCACCAUCAGGAGGGUUUCUGGCCAUGUGAUCACCCCUUAGCUGGCUGGCUGGUGCGGAAUCUACUUUACGAAGGACUAACUGCUACCUGUGAGGCAUUGUAGCCAUCAUCAUGGGCAAGAAACACAGGUUCUAUGAAAAAGGCAAAAAGAGGCGCCGGGAUGAUCUUCCUCCUGAUGAAGAUGAAGACCUGGAGCUGGACGGAGUGCCAAAAGCAUCAACAGAAAAUGUUGAGGAGGAUGGUGACCAGAAAACUUCCAAGGACCAGUAUGGUGCCUUUGACUAUCGGCCGCACAUAAAACUGAAAGAUGAUCAUUCAUCACGGCCUCUCUGGAUUGCUGCGAAUGGCCACAUCUUCUUGGAGUCUUUUUCUCCUGUCUACAAACAUGCCAAGGACUUCCUGAUCACCAUUGCUGAACCUGUCUGUCGCCCUGAACACAUCCACGAGUACAAGCUGACAGCCUACUCUUUAUAUGCAGCAGUUAGUGUUGGCUUACAAACACAUGACAUCAUAGAAUAUUUGACAAGACUUUGCAAGACUUCAUUGCCACCUGGGAUUUGUGAGUUCAUACAAAACUGUACACUGUCAUAUGGAAAGGUGAAGUUAGUGUUGAAAAAAAAUCGUUACUAUGUUGAGAGUGAUUUUCCUGAUGUAAUCCAAAAACUUGUGAAAGAACCUAGGAUUCAGGAAUGCAUGAUCAGUCCUAAUGAAGGAGUAGUGAGUACAGAAAAACAAAAAUCACGUGACAUCAUGUUCACCAGCCAUCAGGCUCAGAUGGCUGGCAGUACAGAAGACCCUGCCAAUGCCCAGAAGCCAGAGUCUGAACAAGCAAAUGGAGAAAACAAAGACAAAGAUAAAGAUGCUGUUCCUGAGGACAUCACAAGCUUUUAUGAUAAAGUUGAAGAAGAGGAAGAAGAAGAAGGAAACAUGAAAACACUCUCUUUCGAGGUUAAUCAGGAUAAAAUUGAAACUUUGCAGAAGACAUGCAUUGUUCUUGAUUAUCCUCUGUUAGCAGAGUAUGAUUUCAAGAAUGAUACUAUAAAUGAAGACAUCAAAAUAGAUCUUAAGCCUUCAGCUGUGUUAAGGCCAUACCAAGAGAAGAGCUUGAGAAAAAUGUUUGGAAAUGGUCGAGCAAGGUCAGGAAUCAUUGUUCUUCCAUGUGGUGCUGGCAAGAGUUUGGUUGGUGUUACCGCUUGUUGCACUGUUAAUAAAAAGGCCUUAGUUUUGUGCAACUCUGGAGUGUCAGUGGAACAGUGGAAGCAACAAUUUAAAAUGUGGUCCACAGCUACAGAUGACAUGAUAUGUAGAUUCACCUCUGAUGCUAAAGACAAACCUUUUAAUGCUGGUAUUUUAGUAACAACCUAUGCUAUGAUCUCUCACAACCAGAAGAGGGCUUAUGAAGCAGAGCAAACAAUGAACUGGCUAAAGGAGCAGGAAUGGGGUAUAAUGGUUCUAGAUGAGGUGCACACCAUUCCAGCAAAAAUGUUCAGGAGGGUCCUCACCAUCGUUCAGGCACAUUGCAAAUUAGGAUUAACUGCUACUCUUGUCCGAGAAGAUGACAAGAUUGCAGAUCUGAACUUCCUGAUUGGUCCAAAAUUGUAUGAAGCUAAUUGGUUGGAGUUGCAGAAGGAAGGCUUCAUUGCCAAGGUGCAGUGUGCUGAAGUCUGGUGUCCUAUGACCCCUGAGUUUUACCGGGAGUAUCUAAUGGGCAAGGUGUCUGAUCAAAAGAUUAAAUUGCUGUGUGCCAUGAACCCUAAUAAGUUUAGGACUUGUGAAUUUCUGAUCAAAUAUCAUGAGAAUCGUAGUGAUAAAAUUAUUGUCUUUAUUGAUGAGGUUUUUGCGUUGAUUCAUUAUGCAAAGACAAUGCAGAAACCAUACAUCUGUGGUAAAACUGGACAAAAAGAACGGAUGACCAUCAUUCAGAACUUCAAACUGAACCCUAAAGUUAACACAAUCUUUUUCAGUAGGGUUGCAGACACAUCGUUUGACAUUCCUGAAGCAAAUGUCUUGAUUGAAAUUUCCUCCCAAGGAGGAUCACGUCGACAGGAAGCUCAGAGGUUAGGUCGAAUCUUGAGGGCCAAAAAAGGUGCCAUAGCAGAGAACUUCAAUGCUUUCUUCUAUGCACUGUUGUCUCAGGACACCAGAGAGAUGGGGUAUUCACGGAAAAGACAGAGUUUUCUGAUCAACCAAGGGUAUGCCUAUCAAGUAAUUACUCCUGCCCAGAUGGUUGGUAUGGAUGAAGAACAAUUGCAUUAUAGCACAAAAGAAGAAAAGGUGCAUCUUUUAGAGCAGAUUUUAGCAGCCUCUGAGGCUGACAUGUAUGAAGAGGGAGUUUUUGGAGAGCGAGGUGGUGCAGGAUCUCAGCGUAAGGCAGGAAAUAUUGGCUCACUGUCUGGUGCUGAUGACUCAAUUUAUGGAGAGAAAAGAAAGGGUUCAAAGAAGGAUCAUCAGCAUUACUUAUUCAAGAAAUUCAGGUCUUGAAGUUUUCACAUAGUUUUUGUAAAUAGAUCAUAUUUAUAGCUGGAUGAGGGUUAGUGUUCUUUGUGCAUUGUGAAGUUUUUGUAAAUAGAUCAUAUUUAUAGCUGGAUGAGGGUUAGUGUUCUUUGUGCAUUGUGAUCCUUGGUUAACAAACAAUCUUGUAUUGUGUAUUAACAAUGUAUGUACUAUAUUGCUAGAUAAUGCACAGAUGCACAAUAUACUAUAUGUUUUCUUUCAUAAAAUCUGCAUAUUUGUUUCAAGGAAUUAUUUGACUUUAUAUUUAUUGUCAUUGUUGGUGUAUUUAUAUUUACUUAACUCCAUAUUAAACCACAGAAAGCUGUAUAUAUAUAUAUAUAUAUAUAUAUAUAUAUAUAUAUAUAUAUAUAUAUAUAUAUAUAUAUAUAUAUAUAUAUAUAUAUAUAUAUAUAUAUAUAUAUAUAUAUAUAUAUAUAUAUAUAUACACAUACACAUACAGUGGAAGCUCACUUAUUGAAUGCCUCCCUUUUUUAACAAAUUGGCUUUCAAACAAAAUUUUGAACUCAUUAUUCCUUCAGUCGCAGCACCAUAAUUUGGUUUUAGAACAAAGUUACUAGAUUUCAGAUAUUAAAAGACAUAGCAAAAGCUGCCAUUUAUUACUAAUUUGUAUAUUUUUAGAAAAUAUUUACAUUUUUAUAUAUUUUUGGAGGAAAGACACAGUGUAAGACAGUAAUUCAAUCUUUGAAAUAAGGUACAUGUGAUUCUGUUGAAAAGCCUCGAUGUAAACAGUUUUUUGAUGCUCAGGAGUCAUCCUGAGCCACUUGAGGCUUGGAAUGAUCUCCAAUGCCAUCACUACUGCACAACUGCAUUUUUCCAGUAGCUUUUACCCAGCAACAAGAUGUCUAAGUGUUAUGAUCAACUUCACUUUGGCGGUAAAUGGGUUGCUCCUUUCUGUGUCCUGUAAGGCUUCCCUCACUAGGUCAGUGACAAAGAGAAUACCUGCACAGUCUAAACAAUAUCUUCUGAUGAGUUCUGUGUCACUAAGUUCAUUCAAUACGUUCUUUCUUGACAAUUUGUGAGCUGGAGAUGUUAUGAAGCAGCCAUCUUGGCUAUGGGAGUGUCUGUCAUAAGCUGCUAAGACAAGGUAGACUGGGAACAGAUUAAUCCAUUUUACAUUGAUUCCUAAGGGGAAAAUAGUUUCGGUUUACAAACAUUUUGGAUUUCAAAUGGCAUCCAGGAAUGAAUUACAUUCUAAAACUGAGGUUUCACUGUACACAUAUAUUACUGUGCAUCAAAAUAUUAUUAUAGAGUUAGCUCUACCAGUAAAAUAAGUGAUUGACUCAUAUUACAUCUUUCACUAUAUACUCUGGUUGCUAGUGAUGGAUGUCCCUUCAUGCUCAAAGCAUCUCAAGCUCCUUUCUCCCCUUCCUCUCAUGUACUCUUGUAUGUUGUCCUUCAUUUCAAUGUGAUCUUUCCCUUGUGACCACGAAAUCUACCAAAAUCAUAUGCUCUUUGUUAUCUCACAUUCUGCCAUUCUUUCCACUUGACCAAAUCACAUCAGGAUACAGGUGGUACAUUUCAUCCUUCCCAACCACUCCACAUUUUACCUUACAUCUUUAAUUGAUAUGAGAUAUAUUAAACUUUUAUUAUUGUCACCAUCCAUUUUUCUCAGCCUCACAUAACAGACUAAUUAAUUCCCAAACACUUUCUCAUGAUCCAUGAAUACACCCUAAACUUUAUUCUUUCAUUUGCAUUUUCUCAGUAGUCAUAAUGGGUAGUGACACACACACACACACACACACACACACACACACACACACACACACACACACACACACACACACACACACACACACACACACACACACACACACACACACACACACACACACA